GGCGUAGGCUUGUUGAGAGAACACCCAAACAAAACAGUCACAGGGGUGUAGGUCAAGCUGGAAGCUUGCGAUUUUUCGCCGUAAUUAUUUUAAUUUAUGCCUAUCAACAGGCAAAAUGAUUCUUCGAGCUUCGUCCCUAUGCGUUCUUCUCAUAUCCUUGUUCAGUCUGCAUUUAGUGUCAGGGAGUGACUUCAAGUGCUUUCAAUGCUCAUCAGACAGAGACGAUUGGUGCAAGAAUCCCUUGUCCGAAGGAAGGGAACCCACUGAAUGUGAUUCGGUCGAGCACCAAGCUAAAAUCAUAUUUCAAAAAACAAAGAACGUCUUCAAAGACCUCUUCCAAAGCAUCAUCUCUCAGGGUGCCGCGCCAAAUGACCAGAAUUUCCAUUACGCUUGCAUGAAAGAAAUCUCAAUGGUCAGUGGGGUCCGAGUAAUUAGACGGAAAUGCACCCUUGACACAUCUGAUGUUCGAGAUGACAACGGAAAACCAUUGGAUGACGAGUGCACUACCAAGUCUACGUACACAAGUUUCUGUGGCAUUUGCAAGACCGACAGUUGCAACAGUGCGUCUAACUUUAAUUUUUUGGGCCAGUUUUUGGUCCUUGUCGGUAGCCUUUUGCUAAAAUUUCUCUGGUAACUGUGCCAAAAAUGAGAUUCCAAUCAUAUUAAGAUUUUAUUAAAGUGUUUGUGAUUUCUUGAGACAAUUCCAAGAUUUAUUAUAUCCAAUUCCAAACGUCUCAAGUUUUUUAUUCCAUAUGUAUUGGCUCAUCUGAAAUAAUAUUGCCGGUAUUCAAUAUUAUAUUAUUUUAAACAAUGCAUAUUUCUAGCGCAAAAUAUGGAGAGCUUUAUCAUAUUGAAUAAAAGGGCUCAAGCAUGUCUAAAAAUGCUAAUUUUGAGUCAUUUUUCCAGUGCAUUUUUUUUAAAGAUUUUUUUUAAUACAGAUGCACAAAUGUGAAUGUGUAAUACUUAAACUCAAAAGAUUAUUUAUCCAAGUGAGAAAAAUUAGCUUUUUACCCAUUUUAAUUGUAUUUUUACAACACUGUACUGCUUUUUUUUUGCAUCUUAAUUAAAAAAAGUUAAUUCCUCAAUAUUCAACAAGGUCAAGUUUGACAUUGCCAUAAACUGUAAAAAUGCUUAGCAAUGUAUCUGAUACACAGAGCUAUUAUCUCUGAAAUUUUAUAUCUGCGACAAACAAUAAUCUUGUAAGAAACAUUAAAUACGCACAACUAAA